AUGGAUUCUGCUCUCAUGGACCCAAACACAACACCCGUCAUGAUGCCGCCAGAAGGCGUGGUCCCGAAUUUUGAGAAUCCCAUUUCUAACGCAUACAUAACGAGAGACGUGGGACUCGUGUUCUUCGUGCUCAUGAUCGUCUUCCUCGCGUUGCGAUUGUGCAGUCGAGUUUUGGUCACUCGCAGCUAUGGCGUCGAUGAUUUGCUCGAUGCGCCUAAUGGAAGACAUCUCUGGGACGUCCCCAUUAGUGUUUUGACAAAUUCUUACCUACAGAUCAACUUCACGUUCGUGCUCAUGUCUGCAAUCAGUAUUAUGCUUGUCAAAUUAUCACUUCUGUUCAUGUACCUGCGCAUGUUCAAGCCCGUUCAGCUGGUGAAGAUAUUUAUCUACGUAUCUAUUGGCGCAGUGACCUCUUUCUAUGUGGCGACCAUCAUCGCUGAGCUCGCGGUGGGGAUUCCUCGGCCGGGUGAAGGGUGGCCAGCGGCUCAAAUGAGAUACGGAAACUUCGGACUAGAAGUGUCCGUUGUCAGAGGCGUUUUCGGUGUUAUAUCCGACUUUGUCAUCUUCUUUAUUCCAUUGUCUCAGGUCAUUCGGCUCCAUCUGCCGCUGAAAAGAAAGAUCACCCUGGUCUGUAUUUUCCUCACCGGUCUGCUGUUCAGGGAGCGUGGCGAUCCGGACUUUACAUGGGCCAACACCAUGCCGAAUACAUUUUCCGUUGUGGAGAUCACGGUGGGACACAUCUGCGGCUCCGUACCAGCUCUGCCCGCGUUGAUCACUUCCUUGAAAAAGAACCGAACCCUAUUAUCUCUUCUACAACACCUCCGAUCAAGCCGUGAAAAAGAAUACAACAGCGACGCAACCGCGUCUGCUUCCUCCACAGAAAAGAUGAAUAUGCCGCCUAGCAAACUCAAAAGUCUUCUCACAGGGCUGCGAGCCUUCCUUCAAAAAGUGCACCUGAUUAAGUCGCCAAAGAAGGAAAGAAGUCUCAGAAUCUAUAGGAUUUCCGAGUAUGACGACCUCGAAUACGCCGAAGAGGUGGACUACCACGCCCAUGUGAGGGACGGAGCCGCAGCCAAUGCAACCACUUACGAAUGUUAG